AUGAUCAGGAGGGAAACCUCUAAAGUGAGACGACGAUUUGGGUUGAACUUUUUAAGCGAACUUACGGAAUCAGCUUGGACUUUUUCUCGAAACGGACUAGUGGAAUCGGCUUGGACUUUUUCUCGAAAUGGACUAGUGAUAAGUUUUUUAUGGGAAUCGGCUUGGACUUUCUCUCGAAACGGAUUUGUGGAAUCGGCUUGGACUUUUCUCGAAACGGACUCAUGGAAUCAGUUUGGACUUUCUCUCGAAACGGACUCAUGGAAUCGGCUUGGACUUUCUUUCAAAUCAGCUUGGACUUUUUCUUGUGAUAAGCUUUUAUGGAAAUCAGCUUGGGCUUUCUCUCGAAACAGACUUGCGUUUAACAUUGAAGAAAUGAUUUGCAAAAUUACUAAUUAUAAGGUUUUCGGAGAAUUGCCUUUACAAAGAACUUCUGU